AUGUCAACCUUCGAAGACAUUACCGAUCGCUCCACCUUUUCAUCCAAGAGCCCAUCGGCAACUUCAUCAUCCUCCACUAGUGCAUUACUACUCGCUCCAUUCAAAGCGGUAAGAUCGUUCAUUCCUUCCAUCAUUAUUCCAUCUUCACCAUCCACAGCCAGACCAGCACUCUUCAUUUCACUCUAUUUACUUUCACAAUACUUUUUGAUUGAAAAGGAAUACCACAUUCCGAAAGCAACAAGCUUUGAGGCCAAAACUGUUCCACUAACAAGCAACAACAAUACUCCUCCUACUGAUAAUAACAAUUCCGAAACCAUCACAUAUUCAAAAUCAAUUUCUCGACUCUCUGAUCGAAGAAUUAUCAAAUUCACCUUAACAUCCAACACCAUCGACCUCUCCUCUAAAACCAAUGAUGAAUUAUUUUCAGUUUUGGUCCAUCAAUUCGAGGUGAAUGAACAUGAAAAAGCACAUUACAAGGCCACACGUCAUUGGUUACCAAAAUCCGUUACUUUUGAAAGAGAAAUAAUUUCAUCCACAGAAGACGGAAUCAUUUCUACUAUCAAAUCAAAUGCCUUGAAUUAUUCAAGAAUUGUUUUUGGAACGUUGGCUCUGAUUCAUUCAUCCAUCUGGUUCAAACAAUUUAUUACGAAAUGA